UCUUUUUAGGCUGCGCCGUGUCAUAUAAACACAUAAAAAGGCUACCGUUAGUUGUGAUUCGCUUUAAACGAGCAUCAGCAAAAGCAAUGGACUGCAGAGUUCUGUCAGUUCAGAGUCAUGUUGUGAGAGGUUAUGUUGGAAACAAAUCUGCUACUUUUCCUUUGCAGGUGCUGGGCUUUGAAGUGGACACUAUAAACUCUGUGCAGUUCUCCAAUCACACAGGAUAUGAGCACUGGAAAGGGCAGGUGUUGACUGCAGACGAACUGAACGUUCUCUACGAGGGAAUCAAGCUUAACAAUAUGAACCAUUACGACUAUGUGCUCACAGGAUACACUAGGGAUGAUUCCUUUUUGGAUAUGGUUGUAGACAUUGUCCAGGAGCUGAAGAGAGCAAAUCCGAGCCUGGUGUAUGUGUGUGAUCCAGUGCUGGGUGAUAAUGGGGCCAUGUAUGUUCCUGAGAACCUGCUGCCCAUCUACCGUGACAGAGUCGUUCCUGCUGCAGACAUAAUCACCCCCAAUCAGUUUGAAGCCGAACUCCUUACUGGGAGAAAAAUACAUUCAGAAAAAGAUGCUGUUGAAGCGAUGAACCUUCUUCAUUCGAUGGGUCCAGACACAGUGGUGAUCACCAGCUCUGACCUGCACUCUCCUCUGGGCGAUCAGUAUCUGGUGGCUUUGGGAAGCCAGAAAAAAGUGAGGACAGAUGGCUCCAUAAUGACUCAGCAGAUACGUAUGGACAUCCCCAGGGUGGAUGCUGUGUUUGUGGGAACUGGUGAUCUGUUUGCUGCUAUGAUGUUGGCCUGGACACACCACCACCCUGACCUCAAGACGGCCUGCGAGAAGACCGCUUCCGUCCUCCAUCAUGUGAUUAAGAGAACUAUGACUUACGCACACGAGGUGGCGGGUCCCAAUCGAAAGCCCAGUCCUGCUCAGCUGGAGUUGCGGAUGGUCCAGAGUAAAGCAGAUUUUGAGGAUCCUGCCGUAGUGGUGAAUGCAGUUUUAUUGUAGGACUUUACUUUUACACACUUUGUACUAGAAUAUGAAUGUCAUGAUUAACUGCAAGAGUUUACAAACAUAGCCCUGGGAAUGCUGGAGGACACAUAUUUUAUUCAUAGAGUUAUCAGUCUUAAUAUAAAUGUAAAGUAUAACAUUAUUAAUGUUAGAAUUCAUGCUAGUACGUCAUUAUGAAGAUACUGCGUCCACAAAGCUAACAUGUUAACUUAUUCACAUUCCAGCCAUAAUGUGCAUGUGAUUGUCCAUCUAAUGUUUUACUAAGAUUUAUGCAUGACUGUCUGGGUUUAUGAGUAUUUAUAAUGGUUUAUUAACAUUUUGAUAAUGUAUUUAACAGAUCAGUGUUGCCUAACUUAGAGUUCAUUGGGUCUAAAUCAUACAUUUUACUUCAUCCUUUGGUCCAGUUAUUGUUUUGGAACUGUGCUAGCCAGCCAGCCCAAAUGUCUGUGAAAUAUUAGCAAUUCCUUUAUCUCCUUCAUCAAAGAAUAUGCCUUGAAAUGCUGCUGUAGUUGAUAUUUGACUAAAAUGAUUUUUAUCUUUGUAAUAUUUAGAAUUAUAGUUGCUAUGGCAACUGCCAUACAGUAUUUUGACCAUUAACUGUAAUAAAAUGCUUCCAUUUUUAUUCAUCCUUCCUUAUCCGGAAAUAAAAUUUUUAAUGGUUACACUAA